AUAGAAUUUAAUUACUUGUAAAUUAACGCGAGAACUGCGAAAAUUAACUAUUCAAAAUGUUCCCACAGAUUUACGUUAUUUUUGUUAUUUCAACGUUCGUCCAAGUCUUGAGUGGAGUCAGCUGCAUAGGUGAAAUUGAUUUGAAGAGUGAUUGCAAAGCAUUGCAUACGAAAUCAUACGGUUACAAUGAUUUUUUCCCAAUUUCUAAAAAUAACGGAGGAAAAAUAACGUUGGUAUUUUACGUGAAAGGCAUACGAGAUGCUCACAUAUUACUUUCACCAACGUCAUACUUGCCACCAUCAAAGGAACAAGAAAAAGUAUACGAGAUAGUUUUGGGUGGUGCCCAAAAUACGUAUUCAACAAUCCGAAAGAGUCGAGAACGUGGAAACCUGAUUUCUUAUUAUGAGGCGAAUAUCUUUUCACCGAAUGAGUGGCGUGAAUUUUGGAUCAGUGUAUCUUCGGAUGGAAUCAUUCAAGUAGGAAAGGGUAGAGAAAAUUAUGGUUUCUUGUAUUGGAGAGAUCCGGAUCCGUACCCAAUCAACUAUUACAGCUUUUCCAGUUAUUCUGAUGUAAACGUAUAUUGGUUUCAUCAAUGCAACAUUCAAAUUGCUCUGAAAAGUAACUGCAAAGCAUUUCAUACUUCUUCAUACCAAUACAGCAAUUUUUUUCCAAUCUCUAAAAAUAACGGAGGAGAAAUAAAGUUGGUAUUUUACGUAAAAUGCGUUCAAAACGCCCUCAUAUUGCUUUCGCCAAUGCCAAUCUUGCCAACAUCAAAGGAACAAGAAAAGGUGUACGAGAUAGUUUUGGGUGGUGCCGAUAAUACAUAUUCAACAAUCCGAAAGAGUCGAGAACGUGGAAACCUCCAGGAAAAUUAUGAGAAUAAUAUUGUCUCACCGGAUGAAUGGCGUGAAUUUUGGAUCAGUGUAUCUUCGGACGGAAUCAUUCAAGUAGGAAAGGGUAGAGAAAAUUAUGGUUUCUUGUAUUGGAGAGAUCCGGAUCCGUAUCCAAUCAACUAUUACAGCUUUUCCAGUUGGUAUGGUAACGACGUACAUUGGUUCCAUCAAUGCACCAAUCAAACUGAAAAAAAUCCAUGUAUUCCUUCACCAUGCGGACCAAACAGCGAAUGUCGAGUAGAAAAUCAUCUCACAGUAUGUUCUUGCCAGAAGAACUACCUUGGUUCGCCUCCGACGACGAUGUGCAAGCCCGAAUGCAAUUCAGACUCUGAUUGCCCGCAGAACAAAGCCUGCCAAGAGCUAAAAUGUCAGGAUGUAUGUGUUGGAAAGUGUGGUUUUAAAGCGCAGUGUAAAAUGAUUAAUCACGAGCCUAUAUGCAGUUGUUCGCCCGGAUUUACAGGAAAUCCAUUCGAAUACUGCACAAAAGAAGAAAAAGAUCCAUGUAUUCCUUCACCAUGCGGACCAAACAGCGAAUGUCGAGUAGAAAAUCAUCUCACAGUAUGUUCUUGCCAGAAGAACUACCUUGGUUCGCCUCCGACGACGAUGUGCAAGCCCGAAUGCAAUUCAGACUCUGAUUGCCCGCAGAACAAAGCCUGCCGAGAGUUAAAAUGUCAGGAUGUAUGUGUAGGAAAGUGCGGUUAUAAUGCGAAGUGUCAAAUGAUUAAUCACGAACCUAUAUGUAGUUGCUCACCCGGAUUUACUGGAAAUCCAUUCGUAUACUGCAUAAAAGAAGAAAAAAAUCCAUGUAUUCCUUCGCCAUGCGGGCCAUACAGCGAAUGUCGAGUAGAACAUGAUCGCUCAGUAUGUUCUUGCCAGAACAACUACUUUGGUUCGCCUCCGACGACGAUGUGCAAGCCCGAAUGCAAUUCAGACUCUGAAUGCCCGCAGAACAAAUCCUGCCGAGAGUUAAAAUGUCAGAAUGUAUGUGUAGGAAAAUGUAUUUAUAAUGCACAGUGUCAAAUGAUUAAUCACGAGCCGAUAUGCAGUUGUUUACCUGGAUUUACAGGAAAUCCAAUCGCAUACUGCACAAAAGAAGAAGAUGGUUCUAUCAAGAUGUUACUGAUUCCCGUGUUCAUAAUAAUAUUAUUAUUCUCAAUAAUAAUAAUUGGUACUGUUUUUUACUGCAAAUACAAGAGGGAAAUGGAAAAAAGAAAAGGAGAAAUUGCGAACAUGACACGAAUGGUGAAAAAGAUCGUUGUUCAAAAACAAAUUGACACCAAUGGAGAUUUUAAGGAUAUCAUGAGCAUGCCUGUUGUUUCGAUUCAACAUUUAAUAAGUGGAAAAGGUAGAAGUGGAAUGGUAUCGGACGGAGAAUAUGAAAUGUCAUUAGACGAACGUUGGGAAUAUCCUCGAAAGAACUUGCGCAUAAUAAAACCUUUGGGGGAAGGCGAAUUUGGACAGGUUAUUCAAGCAGAAGCGAGCAAUAUUUUAGGACAGGAAAACGGAACUACAAUUGUAGCAGUGAAAAUGCUCAAAGACAAUCAUACUGACUCAGACAUGAUAGAUUUGGUAUCUGAAAUGGAGGUACUAAAAGUUCUAGGAAACCACCCAAACAUCCUACGGCUGCUUGGCUGCUGCAGCCAAGGGGGCCCCUUGCUUUUAAUUACAGAGUAUGCUGAUUAUGGAAACUUGAAACAUUUUCUUGAAAGACACCGCCGUCAAUCCACUGAACUGGCAGAAAUUACCCUGUUGGCUUAUGCUAGUCAAAUUGCAAAUGGGAUGGCUUAUCUAGCUUCGAUAAAGUGCAUUCACCGAGACUUGGCUGCUCGAAACAUUCUCGUAACAGCAGACUACACGAUGAAAAUAGCGGAUUUUGGCCUGACUAGAAAUGUAACAGAUUCGGAGUACUACAGGAAAACAACAGAAGGUAGACUUCCUAUAAAAUGGAUGGCGCCUGAAACUUUAUUCGACAACAAAUACUCGAUAAAAUCUGAUGUGUGGUCAUAUGGUGUACUAUUAUGGGAAAUUAUGACUCAUGGUGAGAAUCCAUAUCCUUCUGUUAAAACCCUUCCUGGAAUGCUUCGCGUUUUGAAUGAGAAUCGUCGACUGGAAAAGCCCCCAAACGCGUCUACAGAUGUGCACAAUUUAAUGUUGGAUUGUUGGAAAUAUGAACCUGGCCAACGUCCAAAUUUCUCAAAUAUUGUUGAACGCCUAACAGAAUUAUUAACAAAUGCUGAGGUGGUCAACGAAUCGUCGGAUGAAUCUGAUUUAAAAAGCAUAAUCUCUACAACAACCCCCACUGAAUCGGACAAAUUGAUUACAAAGUGUUCGCAUGAUGAGAAGGAUUACUUACUUACAAGUUGAACAGUAAAUACUUAAGACAAUGUUGAAAUAAUUAUUUAGAUUAAAUGUUAGGUUUUAAGAUAGGUAUUAAAAUUAGACAUUUGGGCGUUCUUUCAUUA